UAGAGCCCUCCGCCGCCUCCUGCAUCGCCUCGUCCCACCACUCCCGAGGCCCUCGAGGACGGGCGGUGGCCGCCCAGGGGCGCUCAGCUACACCUUUCUUCCGCCCGCAAGGACUUUCUGGCCGCACCGACCCUUCCUUCAUGCUGCAGUGCUGCAACAUUUCCGCCACCGAGGGGGAAAAGCGGCCACGAUCCCAAACAAAACACAAGAAUUGGCGUGUGACUCAUCUGCUUGGAUACCUCCAGCCCCCAAACUGUCUUCCAGGAGUUUUCUGGGCCGAAGCUGUCCGAUGUUUGAGCCUUUACUUCCCAGGGAAGAAGAUGGACUGAAAGCCGCCAGUUGGGGACUUUUGGGUGAUCAAGGCGCUGCUGGGUUUUCAAGGAGGUGAUGGGGCUUGCGCUGACUUGUCUUCCCACCCAAGUGAAGAGCUGUUGAUGUUCACUGGUUAUGCUUAGACAAUGUACAGUUUGCUUUAAUUUAAAAUUUUGGGGGGGGAUAAGGGGGUCUAGGCUUGUGAAGGGCAACUCGGAUCCGGUGGAACUCCUCUUUGUCCCUGGUAGGAGAGACACCCCCAAGUCUGUCCUCGAUGCCGUCAGCCUUGGCCAUCUUCACUUGCCGCCCGAACUCACACCCGUUUCAGGAGCGUCAUGUCUACCUGGACGAGCCCAUUAAAAUUGGCCGCUCCGUGGCCCGCUGUCGACCAGCGCAGAAUAAUGCUACCUUUGACUGCAAAGUGCUGUCCAGGAACCAUGCUCUCGUCUGGUUUGAUCACAAGACGGGCAAGUUUUAUCUUCAAGACACUAAAAGUAGUAAUGGUACCUUUAUAAAUAGCCAGAGAUUGAGUCGAGGCUCUGAAGAAAGUCCACCAUGUGAAAUUCUUUCCGGUGACAUUAUCCAGUUUGGGGUAGAUGUGACGGAGAACACACGGAAAGUUACCCAUGGGUGUAUUGUUUCCACAAUAAAACUUUUUCUACCCGAUGGAAUGGAAGCCCGGCUCCGCUCAGA